CUAAAUAUGCUGCCAUUUCUUCUAUUAAUAGCCUCGCUAUUGACUCUGUUGUGGUUCUACCUGAAGUACCACUAUGAUUACUGGGAACGACGCGGAAUUCCGGCUCAUAAGCACUCCGGAAUCCCAUUUGGUUGCUUGGACACUGUGUGGCGUCUAGAGAAGAGCAUGGGCUUGGCCAUAUAUGACGUAUAUUUAAAGAGCGAGGAACCUGUGGUGGGAAUUUAUCUCUUUUUCCGACCCGGACUCUUGAUCCGCGACGCUGCACUGGCUCGCCGGGUACUCACCCAAGACUUUGCAAGCUUCCACGAUCGUGGAGUGUACGUCGAUGAGGAAUGGAAUCCUUUGAACUCCAAUAUCUUCUCUUUGCGAGGUCAAAGCUGGCGCUCCAUGCGACAAAUGUUGUCGCCGUGCUUUACAUCCGGAAAACUAAAGGCCAUGUACGGCACAUCUGAAGACAUUGGCGAUAAGAUGGUGGCUCACCUUCAAAAGGUCCUGCCAGACUACGGAUUUCUCGAGGUUGACAUCAAAAAAGUCCUGCAAAACUACGCCAUCGACAUCAUUGGCUCAACCAUCUUUGGCUUGGACGUAAACAGUUUCGAGAAUCCAAAAAACAAGUUUCGGAACUUGGUAACGCUAGCCCAACCUAAGAACCGAUUCGGAGCCAUGUUUUUCAUGAUGUUGUUCCUUCUGCCAUCUGUCGCCAAGAUGUUGUUCCGAAUAGGUCUUAAAAACCCAGUCGGUCUCGCCAUGCUGGAAAUCGUCAGGGAAACUAUUGAGCACCGCGAGAAGCACGGAAUUGUUCGAAAAGAUCUCCUGCAGUUGCUCAUGAACCUCAGGAAUACGGGAAAAAUAGAAGAGAAUGACGAGAACUGUUUCAGCAUUCAAAAAACCCCCGAAGGUCAGAUCAAGGCCAUUUCAUUAGAGGCUAUAACAGCCCAGGCAUUUUUCUUUUAUAUUGCUGGCCAGGAGACUACUGCAGCAACAGCGGCAUUUACCAUUUUCGAAUUGGCCCAGUAUCCUGAUCACUUAAAACGCCUGCAGGCGGAAAUAGACGAGACUCUUUUCAAGAACGAUGGAAAGAUUACAUAUGACUCCCUGCAGAAAAUGGAGUUCCUUGAGUUGUGUCUCCAGGAAACUCUGCGCAAGUAUCCUGGUCUACCCAUGAUGAACCGAGAAUGCACUCAGGACUACCCUGUGCCCGAUACGAAUCAUGUCAUUCCCAAAGGCACUCCUAUUGUUAUAUCCUUGUAUGGCAUUCACCGUGAUGCGGAAUUCUUCCCCAACCCGGAGACAUACGAUCCAUAUCGGUUCACGGAGGAGAGCCACAAUUACAGUCCCACCGCAUUUAUGCCUUUCGGCGAGGGUCCUAGGAUAUGCAUUGCCCAGCGGAUGGGGCGCAUGAAUUCCAAGCUAGCCAUCGUGAAGAUCCUAGAGAAUUUUAACGUCGAAAUAAUCGAAAAACAAGAGCUUGAAUUUGAUAGCAGCGGUAUCACCCUUAUGCCUAAAAAUGGAGUCAAGGUUUAUUUGUCUAAGAGAGUUUCCAGAGUGUCCUAGAUUGUUUUAUUUAACAUGUGUUAA